GGGGAGAGUGGGAGGCGGGAAAUCCUAUCAGGAAAGCAGUUUUACAAUGUGAGCUGGAGAGGGCAAGAGAGAAUAAGAAUACACAUAGGAAAAGGCGGAAGGAGUCGUUUUAGUUGAUACCCUUCAAUGACCCUUCUUGUUCUGACACAAAACUAAACAAACCCCAAUCCAGGUGUAUAAGGCAGCGAGACAUAAUCUGGAAGAGAAUUCUCCAAUUUUAGAAGUGUAGGUGAUAUGCCGCUCCUGCGUCCUUGCCUCCUCAUCUUAAUUUCAGCAGGACCUAUUUCAUUGGAAGCAAUUGGUGCUUCUUGCAGAAGGAAUGGAAUUCCCAGAAAAAGCAAUAUGACGUGUCACUGAAGACCACGGGAGGAUAAUUGGCCACUCAUCUGUUGCACAAGUGCAAAGCCUAAGAAGACGUCUCCUUGGAUGGAAGUGAUGAAGAGAGGACUAGGAUUGGAAGCGAUGAAAGGAAUUAAAGUAGGGGUGGGGAAGGGGAGACGGUCAAGGUGAUUGCAAACCCAGAUACCGUCUGUAAUUCUACAUUUGACAAAUGGGAUUCCAAAAAGAUUCUCAUAGGACGAGUGAGGAACCAAAAGCUGCGAGUGACAAGCUGGGGAGACUUCUCUGCGACACCUUUAACACCAAGUAACUUCUUUCCAACUUUCAAGUCUGAUAAGCUGUACUACCCUCUGCUCAGUGCCAACUGCGUGGGCUGUGACUUCAUGUGCUUUCCUUGGAAAACCGAACGCUCAGAAACUCAGCGGAGAUUGAGGAAAUCCCAAAGGCAGCAGCAGUCGGGGGUGCUUUUACAAGUCACAGCUGCAGUCAACAUCACGCAGCUGGGGAUGUGAUUCUGUCUGAGAACUGGCCAGGAAACAGCAACUUUCCAGAGUCAGAUAAAUAACAUGGCAUAAGACAUGGCUCAGUUCUACUACAAAAGGAAUGUCAAUGCUCCCUACAGAGAUCGCAUUCCUCUUCGGAUUGUAAGAGCAGAAUCUGAACUCUCGCCCUCAGAAAAAGCCUACUUGAAUGCUGUGGAGAAGGGGGAUUAUGCAAGUGUCAAGAAAUCUCUGGAGGAGGCAGAAAUUUAUUUUAAAAUAAACAUUAAUUGUAUUGAUCCCCUUGGAAGAACUGCUCUUCUCAUUGCAAUUGAAAAUGAGAACCUGGAGCUUAUUGAAUUGCUCCUAAGUUUUAAUGUGUAUGUUGGAGAUGCUCUAUUACAUGCCAUCAGAAAGGAAGUUGUGGGGGCUGUGGAGCUGCUAUUAAACCACAAGAAACCCAGUGGAGAGAAACAGGUGCCUCCAAUACUCCUUGAUAAGCAGUUCUCUGAAUUCACACCAGAUAUCACACCAAUAAUUUUGGCAGCCCAUACAAAUAAUUAUGAGAUAAUAAAACUCUUAGUCCAGAAAGGUGUUUCUGUACCUAGACCUCAUGAAGUUCGCUGUAAUUGUGUUGAAUGUGUCUCCAGUUCAGAUGUAGACAGCCUCCGUCAUUCUCGUUCUAGAUUAAAUAUAUACAAAGCCUUGGCAAGUCCAUCUCUGAUUGCAUUGUCAAGUGAGGAUCCAUUUCUCACAGCUUUUCAACUCAGUUGGGAGCUUCAAGAACUGAGCAAAGUGGAAAAUGAAUUUAAGUCUGAAUAUGAAGAACUAUCCCGACAGUGCAAACAAUUUGCUAAGGACCUUCUGGAUCAGACCAGGAGUUCCAGGGAGUUGGAAAUCAUCCUGAAUUAUAGAGAUGAUAACAGCUUGAUAGAAGAACAAAGUGGAAAUGAUCUUGCAAGACUCAAGUUGGCUAUAAAGUACCGACAAAAAGAGUUUGUUGCACAACCGAACUGUCAGCAGCUCCUUGCAUCUCGCUGGUAUGAUGAGUUUCCAGGCUGGAGGAGAAGACACUGGGCUGUGAAGAUGUUGACAUGCGUCAUCAUAGGACUGCUUUUCCCUGUCUUCUCUGUAUGCUACCUGAUAGCCCCCAAAAGUCCCCUUGGACUCUUCAUCAGGAAACCAUUUAUCAAGUUUAUCUGCCAUACGGCAUCCUAUUUGACUUUCUUGUUCCUGCUGCUACUUGCCUCUCAACAUAUUGACAGGUCAGACUUGAACAGGCAGGGGCCACCACCAACCAUCGUCGAGUGGAUGAUAUUACCGUGGGUCCUGGGAUUCAUAUGGGGUGAAAUUAAACAGAUGUGGGAUGGUGGACUUCAAGAUUACAUCCAUGACUGGUGGAAUCUAAUGGAUUUUGUAAUGAAUUCCUUAUACUUGGCAACAAUCUCUUUGAAAAUCGUUGCAUUUGUAAAGUAUAGUGCACUGAACCCCCGAGAUUCCUGGGAUAUGUGGCACCCCACUUUGGUGGCAGAGGCUUUAUUUGCUAUCGCAAACAUUUUCAGUUCCCUGCGUCUGAUCUCACUGUUUACUGCCAAUUCUCACCUGGGACCUCUGCAGAUCUCUCUAGGAAGAAUGCUGCUAGACAUUCUGAAGUUUCUGUUCAUAUACUGUCUUGUGCUACUAGCUUUUGCAAAUGGCUUAAAUCAGUUGUACUUCUAUUAUGAAGAAACAAAAGAAUUAAGUUGCAAAGGAAUACGGUGUGAGAAACAGAACAAUGCCUUUUCCACGUUAUUUGAGACACUUCAGUCUCUAUUUUGGUCCAUAUUUGGACUCAUUAAUCUUUAUGUGACCAAUGUCAAGGCACAGCAUGAAUUUACAGAGUUUGUUGGGGCCACCAUGUUUGGGACAUACAAUGUCAUCUCUCUAGUCGUUCUACUCAACAUGCUCAUUGCUAUGAUGAAUAAUUCUUAUCAACUCAUUGCUGAUCAUGCAGACAUUGAAUGGAAAUUUGCACGGACAAAACUAUGGAUGAGUUAUUUUGAAGAAGGAGGUACUCUGCCUACUCCCUUCAAUGUCAUCCCAAGCCCCAAGUCUCUCUGGUAUCUUCUCAAAUGGAUCUGGACACACCUAUGCAAGAAAAAGAUUAGAAGGAAACCAGAAAGUUUUGGAACAAUAGGGAGGCGGGCAGCUGAUAAUUUAAGAAGACACCAUCAGUACCAGGAAGUUAUGAGGAACUUGGUGAAGAGAUAUGUUGCAGCAAUGAUUAGAGAUGCUAAAACUGAAGAAGGUCUGACAGAGGAAAAUUUUAAGGAGCUAAAGCAAGAUAUUUCAAGCUUUCGUUUUGAAGUCCUGGGAUUGCUGAAAGGAAGCAAGCUUGCCUCUUUACGAUCUUCAAAAAUCAUGAAGGAGCCUCCAUUGGAGGCUGAGGAGAAGAGUGACAGUGAAGGGAGCGACAAGACAAAGAAAAAGAAUUUCAGCCUCUUUGAUAUCACUAGCAUGAUUCAUCCAAGGUCAGCAGCCAUUGCUUCAGAAAGACAUAACGUGAGCAAUGGUGCUGCCCUCAUGGUUCAUGAAACCCCCAAAGAGAAGCAGAAGAAAGUGAACUUUGUGGCAGAUGUCAAACACUUUGGGCUGUUUCAUAAACGCUCGAAACCACACUCUGCAGAGGCAAGCGCCAACCAGAUCUUCUCGGUUUCAGAGGAAGUUUCCCGACAACAGGCUGAUGAAGAAUUUGGAAAACAUUUUCAACUGGAAGCAAGAGGACUGGCCACCAAAGGUGAACGGAGUGUUGCAGGACUCAGUGAACCAUGUGUGUUAUCAGACACAAAAAGAAGGAACAGAGAGACUUUGAAUUUACCUUUUGGGGAGAGCCUUUGUCCCUUGGAAUCAGAGAAGUUGGUGGUAGAGGACACUGUGCCCAUAAUACCAAAGGACAUGCAUGCUAAGGAAGAGGCCAGUGCUAAAGACUGUGAAUUAAAAAUCACAGAGACAGUGAUACACGAAGACUAUGUAACAACAAGAUUGUGAUAGCCAAAGGAGAAAGAGCAUACAAAUAUAUGUGUAUAUACAUUUUUUGCUAAGUGGUUGGGUUGGGGUGUUUAAAAUCUGUAUUCUCAAAUGCUUUUACUUGAUAGCAUUUAUCUGUGUCACAUUAUCUUGUAACAUGACUAAGUAUGCAAAGGCAAUAGAACAUCUUUCUGUUUUGUAGCUGCUUUUGCUUUCACAAUUUGUUUUACGUUUUUCAAUAAAUUAAAGCAUCUUGUAUUCUUGUACUGUUGUAAUAAUCUGCAGACACUUUUUAAUCUUUCUUUUUAGCUAAACAAAUUCAUUGGCUCAAAUAUGGGAACUGAUUCCAUUGAUACUUAUUUUAUGUGCAAAAAUAAUAACAUAAAAACAAUCUACCUUUUAGUUUCUUCAAGAUGAUUACUUAUCAUGACCUUUUCCCCAAAUCCAGAGGUUUGAGUUACAAUUUCAAACUUAAAUGUUCAAGGUUGUAAGCAUAAAUAUGUAUGACUAACAUUUUCUAAAACUUUUCCGUGAGUUAUUUAAUUUUUAAAUAAUCUUUCAUUUCUUUGUUAUGAUUAUUUUGAAAAUAUUUCUUCAUGGACAACUUUUCACAUUUAAUUUACAGAAUCCUUGGGUUUUGCCAAUGUUUUCUUUCAAUAAGUAAAAGAAAUGUGUGUGCCUUGAGGAUAUCUUAAUGACUCUUUCAAAAGAUUCAAUCAGAAAAACAGCUACCAGUCCAAGAAAUUGUUUUAUUUUUCUUAUGCUACCUAUGUAAUUUUCAAAAUCUUGUAUAUGUGGCUUGUUGGAGAAUAACUAACUAAUAAAAAUAAUUUUUCCUGAAACCUAGAAAA